GUAUAAGCUAUAUUCUCUUAGAUAAUAAGUUAAAAAUUGGGUUCUUCUCUUCUCCGUCUUCUUCGCUGGCUCUCAUCAUCCAUAAAGUGAAAGGCAACGCAUAGAAGAGCCAUCACUCACAAACAAAGAAAAGGCAAAAAAAAAAAAAAAGUCCUCCAAAAACAUUCUUCUCUUUGGCCUUUACUCAAAACCCACACACAUCUCUCUUUCUCUCUCUCUGGCUUUCUCUUUGUCGGAAGUCAUGGACGCUACGAAGUGGACACAGGUGCUUAAAAGAUCUUCCUUUGCCUCUUCUCUUUUGUUUCUUCUUCUUCCUAUUAACUACUUCUUCCUUUUUUCUCUCUUAUCUUUCUCUUACUCUCUUCCCUAUCCGUGAAAGAUUUCAUACUUGUUUAUAUGCAUAUAUCCGUGUGCAUAUGUGUUUGUGGUUAUAGAGAUUGGAGAUAUACGUAUUUCAGUUUGUUUGCACAUCUUUCUAUGAAUAAUUAAUUUGCAUGGGAAAAUUAUUAUUGUUGUAUAUUAUAGCUCAAAAACACUUUUUCUCAGCCUUUUCAUGUUAUUAAUCAUUAAUUAUAUUUGAGAAACUAAUGGAGAUAUUAGAAGAAAGUCAUGAUUUGUAUUUACCCUUUGUUCUUGGUGUUCAUCUAUUUUCGUUUUCCACGAGAUCCUAUAUACAUAGUUCUAUAGAAUAUCUAAUAAGGAAAAUCUAAUGUUCAUGUUUCAUUUUUCUGUUUAAUUAGUGCUUAAAAUUGCAAAGCAUCGUGCGAACUAACCAUAUGUUUUAAUUAGCUUAUUAUAUAACUUAUGUAUCAAUUAUGGUCUAUACAUAAUUAAUAUACAUGUACAUUGGGUUUCAAUUAAGCUCUAAUUAACUCUUUAAAAUUCAAAUUUUUAGGGUUUUCAAGAAAUGAUGAACGUUAAACCAAUGGAGCAGAUCAUGAUUCCUAAUAACAACACACAUCAACCAAACACCACAUCCAAUGCAAGGCCAAACACCAUUCUCACAUCUAACGGCGUCUCAACUGCUGGAGCAACCGUCUCCGGCGUAAGCAACAACAAUAACAAUACGGCGGUUGUGGCGGAGAGGAAAGCAAGACCACAAGAGAAACUAAAUUGUCCAAGAUGCAACUCAACCAACACAAAGUUUUGUUACUACAACAACUAUAGUCUCACACAACCAAGAUACUUCUGCAAAGGUUGUCGAAGGUAUUGGACCGAAGGUGGAUCUCUUAGGAAUGUUCCUGUGGGAGGAAGCUCAAGAAAGAACAAGAGAUCAUCUUCAUCUUCUUCAUCAAACAUCCUUCAGACAAUACCAUCUUCACUUCCAGAUCUAAACCCGCCAAUACUCUUCUCAAACCAAAUCCAUAAUAAAUCGAAAGGGUCAUCACAAGAUCUCAACUUGUUGUCUUUCCCAGUCAUGCAAGAUCAACAUCAUCAUCAUGUCCAUAUGUCUCAGUUUCUUCAGAUGCCUAAGAUGGAGGGAAAUGGUAACAUAACUCAUCAGCAGCAGCCUUCAUCAUCUUCUUCUGUCUAUGGUUCCUCGUCGUCUCCUGUUUCAGCUCUUGAACUUUUAAGAACCGGAGUUAAUGUUUCUUCAAGAUCAGGGAUUAACUCAUCGUUCAUGCCUUCCGGUUCAAUGAUGGAUUCAAACACUGUGCUUUACACUUCUUCAGGGUUUCCAACAAUGGUGGAUUACAAGCCAAGUAAUCUCUCCUUCUCUACCGAUCAUCAAGGGCUUGGACACAAUAGCAACAAUAGGUCUGAAGCUCUUCAUAGUGAUCAUCACCAACAAGGUAGAGUUUUGUUUCCAUUUGGGGAUCAAAUGAAGGAGCUUUCAUCAAGCAUAACACAAGAAGUUGAUCAUGAUGAUAAUCAACAACAGAAGAGUCAUGGAAAUAAUAAUAAUAAUAAUAACUCAAGCCCUAAUAAUGGAUAUUGGAGUGGGAUGUUCAGUACUACAGGAGGAGGAUCUUCAUGGUGAAGCAAAAUGAUCAAAAGGAGAUUAUGAAAUUAGCUUUCUAAUUCUCUUUUUAUGAUCUCUUGCCUCACAUGGGUUACUUUAGUUAAAGUUGUCAGAACUUAGCUAACACAACAUAGUCUUUUUAUUCUUCCUUUCCUUUUUUUUUUUUUUUUUUUUUUGUUAAAAUCAAUAUUUAUUUUCUAAAUGUUUUGUAGUUUGGUUUGAUGAUAAUUUGGGUUGGUUUUUCAUUUUGGUUUGUUGAUUAAUUAGUAUAUAAAUCACGGCGUUAUGUAUGGGUAGAAGAAUAUGUGAAUACGAAUCUCUCGAGUGUUGCAUAUAUGGUAUAUGGUAUGCACUAUGUAACUAUGUAUUCAUCGCUUCUUCUAUCUGUAUAAGUGUUUUCAUAAAA